AUGGAAGAUGCCUCAUGUCACACUGACAGCAAUGGAAACUGGGCUGGGAUCCCCUGCACCCUAGAUCAGAUAUUUCACGACUUCUGGGACAAACUAGCCCGCCGCCGGCAACAGCCGACUAGGCAAGAUAACUAUGACCAACCUCUGAAGCACUCACCUCCCACGAAACGGUGGAAAGGGCAAACCCCUAAAGAAGAAGGGGCCAGAGAUGACUGGCAGCUGCGGACGCAAGGUACCACAUUAGCUACAGCAAGCCACAAGCCUGGAAACCACGGUGAGGGCUGCUCUGCUCGGGCAAUAGCCCAGGAGAUUCUCCCACAGAGGGAAAGACCCCUACCAUCCACACACUGGCCAGUUUCACACCUUGCCAACACGUGUGUCAAAGUGCAUGCAGGCAGUCAGCCCAAGACAGGACUGUCCAGUGCCUUUGGAGGGAGUUAG